UUAUUAGAAUAGGAUGGUAUGACGGAAAUAGAAAAUCACAGACUAGUGGUUGUGGGUGGCGGGGGAGUGGGUAAAAGUGCGCUUACUAUCCAGUUCAUACAACGCCACUUCGUAGAGGACUAUGAUCCCACUAUUGAGGACUGCUACAGGAAACAGACGCGCGUGGACAACAAAGUAGCUAUUUUAGACAUUCUGGAUACUGCCGGACAAGAGGAGUUCAGUGCCAUGAGAGAGCAGUACAUGAGAGCGGGAGAUGGUUUCCUUCUUCUCUUCUCCAUUUCAGACCAGCGCAGUUUUGAGGAGGUCCAGAUUUUCAAUACUCAGAUAUUGAGAGUUCAUGACGUGGAGUGGUUUCCGAUGGUGCUAGUUGCUAACAAAUGGGAUUUAAAGAAUGAACAUUCUGUGUCUGAAGAUAGAAUAGACCGGGCUGCCAAAAACAUGAGUAUCCCGGUUGUGAAAGCCAGCGCCAAAGUAAGACUAAACGUUGACGAAGCGUUCUUUGAAUUAGUAAGACAGAUCAGGUCCAACAAGCGGGUUGCAACCCCUAAAACAGGAGCUCGAAAACUGUGCGUUUUACUUUGAACAGGAUCUAUUUUUAUCUUAUAAGUGAUUUAGGGGUCGUUAGAGUUGUAACAACAAAUAGUGGAUUCCCUUCUUCAAAUUAUUUCAAACCGGCGGGUGCUUUUUGAAAGAGCUCGAAAAAGGAUAAGCUGCAAUAUCUCGAGAUGGAAAUUCAUGAUUCUUGAGCUAUUUCAAAAUUAUAAAUCUGCUUUACAAGGGGUAUUUUGAACCUUCUCAUUGAUCUGAAAAUCUCUGUGUAAGGUAAAGUUAAAUCGUUUAUCCGGUAACCGGUAUGAAGUAUGAACAUUGAACAAAACAAAUAUGUUGCAUUUUUCUAGAAUUUGCAAAUUUAUUUUCUUUAAAUUUUGUUUAGCCCCUGUUCUGCAGGAAAAUUUUUACUAAUCUCCGUUAAAACCCUGGAAAUUUGUUAAUAAACUUUCUGUCAAUGAACUUACAAUUUUUAUUAGAUCUAGAUUUUAGAUAAUAAAUCAGUCAUCAUUUUGGAGAAAGUCAGUUUUUUUAGACCGAUUGAACGAUCUGACGUAUUUCGAAAAAUGGGCCUAACAUUUUGAAUUUCCAUUUCCAGAGUUUAGGACCAGUAUUACUGCUCGUCUUUCCUCGAGUUCCUUCAUCAAUCGCCGGUUUAAAACAAUUUAAAAAGGGAUUGUUCUGCGUAAAUUUAUGCAGUUAGGGAAUCUAAUAGAACUAAUAACCGUUUUAGUGGUUGCCGAACAGAUGAUUGUUUGAGUAUAAAGAUUCGCGUUUUGUUUUACUAAUAUUUAUGAUUUCUUGCUUUGAGUUGCAUGUAUGUUGUAUUUAUAUAUCUCUUGCUAAAUUAGUUGUACAUACAGCUGGUUUUAUAUUAACUUCAAGAGUAGGACCUAUGGCCUGUGCCAUAGGCAUAUCAG